GUGUAAAGGAUUGGCCGAUCGCACGAUAGAUGGUGUUUCUGCUUCAUAAAUCUUUGAUCUUUGAUUUCCAUUUUCCAACCACUUAAAACCUAGGAGAAACCUUUUUCUUAAUUAUUAAUUGGAACAUAUCGAGAACAAUAAUAUUAAAUCAAUUAUGUUACCUUUGUCGCUACUACGUACAGCCCAGAAUCAUCCCAUGUUAGUGGAAUUGAAAAAUGGGGAGACUUACAAUGGCCACUUGGUGAGUUGUGAUAACUGGAUGAACAUCAAUCUACGAGAAGUAAUUUGCACCUCCAAGGAUGGUGACAGAUUUUGGAGAAUGCCUGAGUGUUACAUUAGAGGCAGUACCAUCAAAUAUCUUCGAAUUCCAGAUGAAGUCAUUGAUAUGGUUAAGGAAGAAGUAGUUGCAAAAGGUCGUGGUCGCAGUGAUGGUAAAGGAAGAGGUGGAGCCCAAAGAGGAGGCAGAGGUGGUAGUAGAGGUUCUUUUGGUGCUUCAAGAGGUCGAGGCGCGCCGUCGGGACGCGGUGGUGGUGGUGGUGGCAAUAAUAAACCCCGUGGAAAGUAAAUAAACUUGUCAGAAUGAAUGUAUGAAAAUAAAAAUAUGGCCAAGUCUUGAUUUAUUCGAGACGCUUUCUGUUUUGAUAAAAAGAUGGAAGCACUUA